AAUUGACAUGGCGAUGCAGAACUACCCAGCACCCGGGGAGAGCAUGAAGCAGGACGACAGAGUCUUCACUGCCCAGCCAGUAAUACUCUCCAUGCCUGACCAAAAAGUCAAUGAUGAUAUCAUUUUUUCCACAUUCAAUCUUCACUUCUGUAACCCUUGCUGUCUUGGGUUUGGGGCCUUUUACAACUCAAUAAAGGCCAGGGACAACAGAUUGCUUGGAGACAUCCCAAUGGCACGGUCUUAUGGCACCAGAGCUCGCAAACUGAACAUUGCUGCAGUCAUUAUUGGUUCCAUCUCUAUACUUAUCGUCAUCAUUGUCCUUGCCAAGUCAUUUGGUCCAGUCGUAUCAAGUCAUCAUCGUUUUUAA